CCAGAAAUUCCGAGGUGUUGUCAUUGCGUUCCUCAGAUUUGUGUGUUUAGCACUGGGUGUACGGGUGGGGUGUUAAAUAUUCACAAUGUGGCUCUAACAGCAGUUCUGGGUUUUAUUUUGUGUACUUUGACGUAUUGUUCCGGUAUAGCACAGAAAAGUAUAGCACAGCCGGGAAAUUAAAGAUCCUGUAUUUUACACGAAGGUUAGCUUAUAAGCUAUUAGCUAACGCCUAACGUUAGCUAUGGAGGAGAGGAAAGAGGAGGGAGAAGCGGAGAUCCAAGAGCACGGCCCCGAGCACUGGUUCUCGAAAUGGGAACGGCAGUGCUUAGCUGAGGCGGAACAGGAUGCGCCAAAUGAAGAGGAGUCCGAGCAAAGCCAGCAAAAGCUGUGGCACCUCUUUCAGAACUCAGCCACGGCGGUAGCACAGCUCUACAAAGAUCGAGUAUGUCAGCAGCAAGGACUCUCCCUCUGGGUGCCCUUCCAAAAUGCAGCCACAGCUGUCACUAAUCUGUAUAAAGAGAGUAUGGAGGCCCGCCAGCGGAGCUAUGACCUGGGCAUCCACUUAGGCUAUCAGCGCAGGAAUAAAGAGGUGAUUGCAUGGGCGAAAAAACGCAGAAGAACUAUCAGACGAGAAGAACUCAUUAGCUUCCUGUGUGGCAAAGUUCCACCUCCUCGUACAGCUCGCGCCCCACCCAGAGUUUCCAUGGUAUCUGCGAGCAGACCGUCACCUCCGGAGACUGGCAGCUCAGUGGAGACCGACCUGCAACCCUUUAGAGAGGCCAUCGCACUGCAUGGCCUUAGUGGUGCCAUGGCCAGCAUCUCUGUGCGUUCUGGUCCUCCUGGUUCCCCAACUCACCCUGCACAGUCUCUCAGUCGUCGUAGGAACGGGCUUCAUGAUGUGGACCUCAACACCUUCAUAGCUGAGGAGAUGGCACUCCAUUUAGAUUCCACCACCAAUCGUAAACGAGGCCCUGCCCCCUGUAGUGAUGUCAUCACAGACUCACCCACGCAUAAACGUAACCGGAUGCUCUGAACUCUUCCCACACCACUGAUCCCUCCUCUGUCUGCUCCUCAGUGGCCAACUGGACAGCCGAUGGGGACUCACGCCUUGGCCAACCACUGAAAUCUUCCUUAGUCGCAAUGCUACAAAUAAAGAAAAAACUGUUCUCAGCGUACAUAUUUAGCCCCUCCUUUAACCCACUCAUUUUCUCAGCAGGAAAUUUGGUGUUGUCUCACACGUCCUCUCAGUGGUAGAGUUCUGUUCCUUUUAGCAGAUUUACUUUCCUGUUUGUUAGCCCCCUGUCGAUCUGAUACCAAGGCAAGCACACGUUACACUUGAAGUUCUCGACGUGCAGAAUGUUCAGUUGAGAUAGUGGUUUUUUUUGGGGGGGGUGGGGGUUCUGGCCGGGCUCCUUUGUGCUUCACAUUCAGUGAUCAGAUGGACCAGACUGUUGCCUGCAGUUUGCGGUUAUCUUCCCCUCUUUCCUCAGGCAUACUUCCUCCUCUUUUGAGUGCUGGCCAAACCAGACUGAAUCCGGGCUCCUUGGGAGGCCAAACUGCCUCCCUGCCGCGUGGCUCAACUCAAAACGCUUUUCAGCGUGUGCAUCUCAUUCUGCUGCUCUGUGUGUUUGUGUAUCUGACAGCAGAACUGCCACUUACUGUGUCGUACUUGUCUUCGCCUUUGAGAAAGCUGCUACAGUAUCUCUGGUUUUUGUGCAACAAAGAGUGUGUGAGCGCGCGUGUACGCUUGUGGACGCAGGGUUCUGGCAAAUCCAGUUUCCACUUGACAAUUUUCUCUUUUAUGAAAUUCAUCCCAUUUUAUUUUUCUUCAGUUGCUCUUUACAGUCCAAGCCAGGGUUUUAUCACGAAGCAGGUCAUUCAUAUCCACACAGAUAAGUGGGGUGACGGGGUGGGGAAAGUGAGAUGCAUCCUAUGUCUUUUCUCUCUGCAUUUUCUUUUUCUAACCAUGCUGUUACCUGUUGUAACGUUACAAAUAAUACAAAUGCGCUACGCACAGUUUCCAUAUCAGCGUCCAGGAGAACUCAAUACAACACAGGCUCUCAAUUUUUUUUGCAUUACAAGCAGUAACAGUGUUUCAAAGGCUGCAUCUUUGUUUGCAUAUGACCCAACAGUAACUUGGAGACUGUUGCCAAUAACUCGUCUCUUGUUUUACAACCCUUUCACACGUGUGACUUCAGCUUUAAAUCUAGAAAAUUACAGGGGGCAGCUGCCUGUGAACUAGUGGAGGGCCGAUGGCUGUGAUAUUUUACUUUAGCCCGCUCAUGGACUAUUGGGUGUGCUGAGUCAACAAGGCACUUGUUUUUGCUGAUUUCACACUGCUUUGUGAUACAAUCUUGUGUAAUGUGUGUACAUAACAUGUAGGUGCUGUUAUAUGUGGUACAUUAUUGUAAAAAGGAGUGCAAAUCCAUUGGGAUGUCCAUGUACAAUAACAAUUCUGACAUUAAAGAACAGUACAAGUG